AAUGCUUCGAUGUUUUUAAUGAAUAAAUUAAUUGAAGUUCGUCAAUAUUAUUUUAUCAGCAACAUAAUAUUUGUUUCAAGUAUCGGCUGUUUUAUACUGUGAAUAUUUUCCUGAAUAGUAGUUAUACAAAUUAAACACAAGAAACAACAAUGAGAAAAGAAGAAAUUAAUGCUCUUCUCUCAGUAAUACGCGCUCCAAACAUACGAUUUAUGUUUAUGACAGCAGCCAUUUUAUUAUUUGUAACAUUUGGAGUUAUAGAAUUAUUAAAAUUUCAAUGGAAUGAACAAAACCUCUGGUACAUUAUUCGUCUUCUUUAUCGUAGAAGAUUCGAUCAUCAAUAGAAAAAACUCUGAUUGUUUUUUCUUUCGGCAGGAACACAUUAAUUACCCUCCAAUGGAUCAUUAUUUUCGGCAGUUUGUGUUUAUACUGCAUUUUUAAGGUUCAGAUUACACAAAAUACAAAUAUUAUCAAAUAAUUUCAAAGAAAAAAAAAUCAAAUAACAUGUAUUAUAUGACAUUGUUAUGCUUAUUUCAUUAGCCUGCCGUUUUCAUUGUACAUUACUAUUAUUUCUUAUUGGUGUUUUUCUUCCUUUGUUUUUUCGAUUUCAAUAAAUAAAUUUCAAAAUUAAUCUGAUAACAAUUUGAAUAUAAAUUCAUUGAAUAUUUACUUGAAAAUGGAUGAUUUAUUUGAUAUGCAAUUUAUUUAUAUUCUAAAGUGUCA